AUGGUUGCGCCCGGGAAUGCCGAGGACAAGGCCAGCAACGCCGGCACUAGCACGAGCGGCGGCGGCUUUGGCGGCCAGGUCGCGGCGGGGCUGUCUAAGAGUGGGCAGCGAAGCUCUGGAGACGGGGGCCAGCCGGGAGACCAGCCGCCGCGCGAGCAGCCGGGUCGCGCGGCGGGCGCAGCUGCGGGCGCGGCCGACGCGGAGGGCGGCGGGCGCGCGGCGGGCGUGCCGGAGGGCGCCGGCUCAAGCAGCGGCCAUUCCAGGGGCUCCUCUCAAGCCGACCGCCGCUGCAGCGCCAGUGCCGCAGGGGUGGCGCCUCUACAGCAGGAGUGGGGCUCGUUGGACGGGCGCGCCGGCGCUGAACCCAGAGGCUCGGUGGAAGAUUCAAGCUCGCAGCAGGAGGCGCAGCAGCAGCAGCAGCAGCAGCAGCAGCAACAGCAGCAGCAGCAGCAGCAACAGCAGCAGCAGCAGCAGCAGCAGCAGCAGCAGCAGCAGCAGCAGCAGCAGCAGCAGCAGCAGCAGCAGCCGGAACAUGAGUCGCUGCAACAGCAGCAGCAACUGCAGUAUCACGAGCAGCAGCUUCAGCUGCUGGCCCCGCCGCUGCCGCCGCCGCUGCCGCUGCCGCCGCAGCAGCAGCAGCAGCAGCAGCAGCAGCAGCAGCAGCAGCAGCAGCAGCAGCAGCAGCAGCAGCAGGAGCAGCUGCAGGAGGAGGAGCAGCAGCAGCAGCAGCAGCAGGAGAAGCCGGAUGGCACACAGGGCUUGCGGCCAAACCGGCUGCAGGAAGCACACCAGCAGCAGAAACCGUGCAAGGCACAACAUGGCGAGGCAGCGGUGGCCCCAGCUCGACGCAGUGCCAGUCCCCCACACGGCCGCAGGGGCGCGCUGCACCACACCCCCUGGGAGCUGUUUGCCGCGGCCCACCCGCCGUCGCCCGCGCGGCCCGCGUCGCCGCCGGGCGAGGCGCGCAGGGCGCCAUCAUGCGCCCUCCCCUCUGCCCCCAGCGCCGGCGGGCCCGCGCUCGCGCGCCGCACGCCGUCCCCAACGGCCGCCCGGCCCCGCUCGCCUGGCCCCGCAGCCGCGCCGCGCUCGCCUGGCCCCCUAGCCGCGCCCCGCGUGGCCGGUCCGGGCUCUCCCGCACGGCAGCAGCGGCCGCAGCAGCAGCGGUCGCAGCAGCUGCGGCCGAGCAGCCCCGGGGCGCCCAAAAUCAGCCCCAGGCUGGGAACGGGGGUGGCCAUCACAUCUGUGUCGAUUGAAGACAUGCUGCUGGCCUCGGCCGCCCGCGGCGCCCCCGCCGCCGGCGUCGCUGGGCGCGGCACGGCAGGCGUCACACGGUCCGCGAGGGCGCGCACUGGGGCGCCUGUUGAGACGAGCUGGUCGCUGCAGCUGGCGCCGCCGCCGAGCCAGCGCGGGCCGUGGCUGAUGAGCGGCGCCGACGCGGACGCGGGCGCGGCGGAGAUCGCCGCGGGGAAGCUGAGGGUGCCGAUUUGCGUGGUCCAAGGCGCCAUCAACCGCCGCCGGACAAGCGAGGCCGUCGCCGAUGCCCUCCGCGGCCGCGCAGCCGCGGCGGCGGCGGCGGCGGCGGCGGCCCCCAAUGUGUGUGGGCGCGUUGGUGCAGGCGCGCGGGCGCGGCAGGCGGCGGCGCUGAGCGUGUCGGCGCGCGCGGCGUCCGGGCGGCGCCGCGGGGCGCGGCGGCAGCUCGGCGGCCUCCAGAUCAAGAUCCCAACAGAAGACGAUGAGUCAGUCGACGGCGGCGGCGGCGGCGACGGCGCAGCCGUAGCGGCGGCGCUGCUUCUGCGGCGCCGCGGGGCUGGCGGGCGUGCGCGACGCGCGCUCACGCCGCGCGGGCUGCAGAUGCGCCACGCCGUGCUAACUCUUCUGUCCCCGGGCUCUCCCCUCAAUCCAGCACGGCACGCGCCCUGCAAUGGCCGCGCGGCUGCCGGCGGCCCCCCCUGGUGCUGGACGGACGACGACGGUCCAACUGCACAGGCUGCUGCUGACGACGGCGCGGCUGCAAAAGCGGUGGAAGGUGCUCGACGCGCCGCAGGCCCGAGCAGUGGGCGCGACGGCGGGACUGUGGCAGCCGCAACAGCGGCGGCGGCUGAGAAGCCAAGCCGGAUGCCUUGCGGCUUUGUGGACGGGGGCACCGGCGAGCAUGGCGCCGAGGCUGCAGAUGAAGAGAAGGCUGGCACUGCCAUUGCCAUCCGCAGCGCGCUGGAGAGAGCCGGCCUGGGAGCGGCCUCCGGUGCUGCCGCAGGCGCAGGCGCCGCUGUCACCACCCGCGGGGACGGGGCCGCAGGGGCGGCGUUGCUGCCGGCCGCAUCUGAUGAUUGGGACGAGGGCCCAGUGGCCUUCACCCGCUUCAGCCUGGGGGGCGGCGCGCCGUCGGCAGCGACAAGCGGCUGGGGGCGGCGGCAGGAGCAGCAGCAGCGGCGCGCCGCCCCGAGCGGCGGCUCGCCGGCGGCGCGGCGCGCGUCCGGCGCCGCGAUCGGGCGCGUCAGCGGGGGCGGCUACGCCGGCAUGCGGCGGGCGACAGACGGCGGGUGGAGCGACGGGUGGAGCUCGGCCGGCGGUGCACGCGUCGGCAGCAGCGGCGGCGGCGGCGGCGGCGGCGGCGCAGCCUCGGGUCGGUUCGCAGCCGCUGGGCACCUGCCGAGCUGCUACAGCACCGUGGCCGCCACGGGCUCGAAGUACCACACCCCUGCCCAGCUGUCGGCGAUCGCAACAGCGGCGACGGCGCGAGGCUUGUUGGAGCGGCCGACGCGGAGGGUGUCCGCGGACGCCGGCUGCGGCAGCGGCCUGAGCGGGGGCGGCAGGGGCGGGGCGCGGCGGCUGACGAGUCAGCGGUCGUACUUGGAGACACUGCUGCGUGCGUCUGAGGCGCGCCGAACCUCGGCUUGCUCCAGCGCCGACCCGGUCCCCCAGGACGCCCCUAGCGGCUUUCCCGCCGCCGCCUCGGCAGCAGCAGCGGCGGACGCGGCGGACGCCGCUGACGGCCUGGCGCUCGGCAGUGACAGCGGUGGCGGCAGCGGCGCCGCGGCUGAGGCGUUUGGUCUUAUUUGGAGCGAUGGCGCGGCAAGAACCGACAGCGGCGCUAGCGGCGACGGCGGCAUCCCGGCAGCGGGGCCCUUGGACAGCGCACCGAGCGGCCUAACCUUGGACGACGGCGGCGGCGCCCUCUUCGAGACCGCGCCCACGCCCGCGCCGCGGCCGAUGACCAUCACAAUGGGUUUGACGCUUUUUGAGCGCGAGCAGGAGUCUGCGGCCGGCACGCCGGGGGCCUGGCCGUGCGCCGGCGCUGCAGGCAGCGCUGGGGCCCAGUUACCAUGGAGUGCCCUGGCAACCCCAACAUCCGCCCUUGCCGCAGCACCAAGGGGCUCGGCCGCCGCCACGGCGUCGCCGCGUCCUGCCGCUUCGCCCCUGCAGCAGCGGCAGACGCCGCCGCCGCCGCCGCUGCCGCCGCAGCCGCAGCCGCAGCCCGCGCGCGGCCCCGCGCUGCGCCUGACAGUCCGUCCCUCGUCCCAGGGCGGCGCGGCUGCCCCCCUGUCUGUCCGCCUGUCCGUGCGCGACCCCAGCAGCGACGCCGCCGCAGCCGCUGCCGCCGCCGCCACCGCCGUAAACUCCGAGGCGCCGUCGCCGGCCGCGAGCCGGCCCGUCAGCUCCUCCGCCGGCGGCCCCUCGGCCGCCCCGCCCGCCGCCGCCAGCGCAGGCUCCAGCCCGGGCUUCCCUCUGUCCCCCUCGGGGUGCAGCCCCCAGCCCGCGCAGCCCGCGCCGCCCGCGCCGGGGCGGCGCUCGGGGCUCGCUAUCAGUGGGAGCCGCGGGGCAGCGGCGUCAUCGGCCGGCGGCGCGGGCCAUGAUGAGGAGAUGGCGCUGGUGGAGGCGGCCCUGGAUGACGGCAGCAGGGCCGCCAGAAGGCUCAGCCCUGCCGCCUCAAGGGACGCCAGGUGGGGGCUCGAGCCCGCCGAGCAGCAGCAGAAGCGCCAGCAUCAGCGGCAGCGGCAGCAGGGGUGCGACGCGCAGCAGGAGGGGGCGGCCCCUUCGGUGGGCGCAAGCGGCGGCUGGGAAGAGUCGGCACCCCUUUCGGCGGCGGAGCGGCUGCUGAUGCAGCUGGAUGGGGACGAGGUGUGCGGGGGGCUGCAGGCGCCUGAGCAGGAGCAGCAAGAGCAGGCCUAG